AGCAUGAACUUUUUUUUUAAGAAUUUGCAUAACUUAUUCGCAAAAUUGCAUCGCUUCCAAUUUGCACAGAGAGGCGUGACAAAAUGACAACUCAACAGUCAGAGUUCACCUGCUAUACACAGCUAGACAAAGGAAAAAAUAAAUUUGAGUCCUGAUUUAAGGCUACAAAUAUCACAUUCAGAGUUAUAAAAUAACCCUACUUACACUGAAUAGCAAACAGGUUUACACAUUACGUAACUCUCAACCUGUGCUAACACUUAUAUGAAACUUUUUUGCCUUUCAGGUAACAACGUUAUCGACCAGGGAUGUCAUGUCUACCCGUUCACCUUUCAGAUACCUGCAGAGGACCUGCCGUCCUCCUUCGUCGGCCCCUCCGGAAGGAUCAAGUACACAGUGGAGGCAGUCCUGAGCUGCUCCAUGAGAAUGGACAGUAAAGCUAAGACAGAAUUCACUCUCAUCCACGAUGGGAACCUAAAAAGUUACCCAAUAAUGACGGCUCCACAGCAGCAGGCCAUUGAAAAGAAAGGCAUGGCUUUUACAUCUGGAUCAGUAGGAAUGCACGUAAAAAUUGCAAGAAUGGGCUUCUACCAAGGGGAAGACAUACAGGUCGUGGCUUACAUCCAGAACAGAUCAUCUCGUGAAGUCAAACCAAAGUUCUGUUUAUAUCGGCAGUGUAUAUACUAUGCAGCUGAUGGGUUUAAUGUUGAGACAAAAAACAUCGUGAAAGAGGUGGGUGAUCCCAUCCCACCAUCUGCAAGUCAGACUGUCACCAGGACCAUCACCAUCCCACCUGAUACAUCUGUGUCAAUCCUGAACUGUCAAAUACUCACCGUGGAGUACAUACUUAAGGUCUACCUGGAUGUCAAGUAUGCGAUCGACCCUAAGGUCAUGUUCCCCAUAUUCAUCCUUCCUGCUGUACCAGAGCCUGAAGAAGAGCAGCAGCAGCAGCAUGCUUAUCCUACCUAUGGAUUUUGAGCGUUUGCAAACUCUGACAUGUUGGGAGGAAACAGCUUCCUCCUG